CGGGAUGGAGGAGGACCAGGCGUGGGACACCCACGGCCUGCUGCCCCUGGAGAGGCAGCUGCACCAGGCCGCCCGCCAGAACCACAUCGAGAGGAUGAAGGAGCUGAUGGAGAAGAGGGUGAACGUCAGGGCCAGAAACCACGUGGGCCGGGUGGCCCUGCACUGGGCCGCAGGCACUGGGCAUGAGCAGGCGGUGCGGCUGCUCCUGGAGCAUGAAGCCGCUGUGGACGAUGAAGAUUCGUUUGGGAUGAACGCGCUUCUCCUGUCGGCCUGGUUCGGCCACUUGCGGGUCCUGCAGGUCCUCGUCAACGCCGGGGCGAAGACCCACUGUGAGAACAAGGACGGCCUGACGUUACUGCACUGCGCAGCUCAGAAAGGCCAUGUGCCUGUGCUGGCGUUCAUAAUGGAGGACCUGGAGGAUGUGGCCCUGGACCAGGCAGACAAGCUGGGGAGGACGGCGUUUCACAGAGCUGCCGAGCGUGGACAGCUGGACGCGCUGGACUUCCUCGUGGGCUCCGGCUGUGACCACAGUGUGAAAGAUAAGGAGGGGAACACAGCCCUCCACCUGGCUGCGGGCCGGGGCCACGCGGCUGUCCUGCAGCGGCUCGUGGACAUUGGGCUCGACCUGGAGGAGCGGAACGUCGAAGGCCUCACGGCCCUGCACUCGGCGGCCGAGGGAACCCACGCGGACUGCGUGCAGCUCCUCCUCAGGGCCGGGAGCAACGUGAACGCCCUCACGCAGAAGAAGCUGAGCUGCCUUCACUACGCGGCCCUCGGUGGCUCUGAGGUUGUGUUCCGGGCCCUCCUCCAUGCAGGAGGCUGCCCUAAUGUGGCUGAUCAUCGGGGCGCUUCGCCCCUGCACCUCGCCACCAGGCACAACUUCCCGGCCCUGGUGCAGCUGCUCAUCGCUGCCCAUAGCGAUCUGGAUGCCAUGGACAGUAGGCAGCAGACGCCGCUGCACCUCGCCGCAGAGCACGGCUGCCAGGACAUAGCAGAGAUGCUCCUCGUCGCUGGGGUUGACCUAAACCUGAGAGAUAAGCAAGGAAAAACCGCCCUGGCAGUGGCCGCCCGAGGCAGCCACGUGGGCUUGGUGGACAUGAUCAUAAAAGCCGAUCGUUUCUACAGAUGGGAGAAGGACCACCUCUCCUGCAGGGACCCCUGUCAGCCCCCGGGGAAGGGUGUGACCUUCAAGCAGGACCACCGGCCUGACACGCAGCCUCUCCGCACUCUGCUCUGGAGACUGGCCUCCCGCCGCCUGCGGCCCCAGGAGUGGAAGAGGCUGGCGGAUUCCUGGGGGUUCACCGAGGCCCACGUCUCCGCCAUUGAGCAACAGUGGACAGGACCCCGGAGCUACCAGGAGCACGGUCACCGCAUGCUGCUGGUCUGGCUGCACGGCGUGGUCUUGGCGGGCGAGGACCCCAGCAAAGCCCUGUUUGAGGGCCUGGCGGACAUUGGCAGGAGAGACCUGGCUGAAAGCAUCAGGAAGAAAGGAGAUACCCAGCCAAGAGCCCCCAGGAGCUGCACGGCUAUGUGAACCCAUGAGACCUAGGCAUGGCGUCACCUGAUCAGAAGAUGACCACCAGCCAGGAGUGUCACCUGACCCAAAGAGGAAGUCAACAAUCACUGUUAACAGAUCUCCCAUGCUUGGAAAUGCUGAACUGCAUCCAGACCAGCAGGCAGAUAUUUGUAACCUUUUUCAUAAAUAUAGAGUCGGGCCUGUUUACAGAUCCUAGCAGCUUCCUUCUGUAUAUCCAUUAUCUUGUGGUCUUGGGCUGCUGAGCCCCUGGGGUGCAAAGGACUCUUUACAGACCCAAUACUCAGGCCCCGGAGGAGAAGCAGUUUGCUCAACUUAUGCCACUAAUGUCGUGCUGGGGUUAGAUGUCCCACCCCAAUCAAGAGAAAGGCUCUGUCAAUCAC